UUGCUCUCAUGACCUGGAUAUGGCCAUGUUGUAGAUUGAUGCGCGCUUCUGUUGCCGCAUGCACAACUCCAGCGUGGGGCUUCUUGUGAAUAACACUACAGUCAAUGUCCCGUUUCGCAAUGGAGGCGUUUAACCAAAUUUUACUACAGUACCCGCCAUUUGUAGUUGGCGGUGUCGGAGCAACGGCGAUCGCUGCAGGAGGGGCGCUGAUCUACAGAAUUGCAACCAGGAAAAAACCAACUCAUGUCAAAGUGAAUUGUUGGUUCUGCAAUCAGGACACAGUUGUCCCCUAUGGGAACAGAAACUGCUGGGAUUGUCCAUACUGUGAACAGUAUAAUGGCUUUCAGGAGAACGGGGACUACAACAAACCCAUUCCUGCUCAAUACAUGGAGCAUCUCAACCAUGGCAUUUCAGCCGGUGUCCCAGAGUCACCGAAGACCCUGCAGUGGGUCAACUGUCAAAUGCUUCUGUGCAAGAAGUGCAACAACAACCAGACUCUGAAGAUGAAACAGCUGGCCUCGUUCAUCCCCAGGGAUAAUGAAAACUAUGAUGAGGAGAUUGAGGUGUAUAAGCACCACCUUGAGCAGACCUACAAGUUGUGCCGGCCGUGCCAGACGGCGGUGGAGUACUACAUCAAACACCAGAACCGACAGCUGCGGGCUCUGCUCUUCAACCACCAGCUCAGACGCAGUCGGGAUGCUGAUAAAGCCUUAAUUAAGAACACGUACUCCCUCACCACACCAGCCUGGUUGAUCUUGCUCAGAGUCCUUGCGUUCCUCGCCUGUGCCUUCCUUGUAGCUGUGGCUCUGUCUGGAUCUGGAGAUGUGGCCUCCUCCAUCUCGCAGACGUUAAGCAGAGGAGUGAACCAACCCAAAAACCCCCUCCAAAAUGACAGUGAAAGCAAGGCUGAGGAGGGCAGCAUGAUGUGGGAUGAUCUGGUGGCUCUUCUGCCGGAAAAGGUUGUGGAGAACGCUCGACUCGUCUGGCAGUGUGGAAGUGACCAUCAGAUGGCCGUGGCUUCCUUUGGGCUCCUAACUUGCAUCACAGGUGUCUUAAUGGCAGGACCUGUCAGGUUGAGGAGGAUUGAUGUUGUGGCCGCUGUGCUUUGGCUCCUGGUGAUAUGUUUUUACCUGGCCGAGUGUUACCUCAAGACAGACAUCACUGAUUGGAUGGAAUCGGUCAAGUUGGGCAUCACUUCUUUGUGUUGUCUGGUGGGAUUCGCUGCUGCUGUGGCAACAAGCAAAUCCCAGAGUCAGAGAAGAGCCAGAGGUCACAGGUAUCUGUCUGGCAGUUCUCCUGGGCCGUACUACACUAAUCACUGUCCCUCGCUGUCUGCACCUGUGUCUGCAUCCUCUACCUUCAUCCCAACUCCUCCCCCCAACCUGUCACAGCUGCUCAUCCGCCAGCAAAUCCACAGAACACGCAAAGCCUCGCCCUCCUCGCUGCCUGGGCGACUCAACAGGGCCCUCUCUCUGGGAACUAUCCCCUCCCUCGCACGAGCAGAUUCAGGUUUCCUAUUCAGUGGGAGCAGACCAUCUUCACAGUGUAAAGACUCUCCACCUUCAGUAGAUUACUACUCUCUAAAAUCUGGAAGUCGACCCUCCUCUCCUGGACCAUCUCCAACCCCUUCUGUGGCAGGAUCUGUCACUUCCACCUCCAGCUCCGCCAGGCAGCGCCGGCCACUCAUCAGUCCGGCCAGACUCAACAUCAGUGGGCAAAAACUGCGGCUCUUUUCCUCUCCUCUGGAGCCUUUAAGUUUGGCCCCACCGCCUCCGUUUCUUUCAGAGCAAAGCCACGUGAACAGCAGCGGAUUCUUGCCUGAUGCUCCACACCUCCAUUCACAGAAUCAUGGUUCACUGAUAGAUGAGGGCAGUGUGUUUGAGCAUGUGGAGAAGCGAAUGGGCAGCUCCUCCGGUUCUUCAGACUGCCAUGUUGACACGACCACAGGAAAUGGAACUGAGAGCAAGCCUGGAUGGAAAGGAUUUUUGGGCUUGAUGCUUUGGCCUGGUCUUCUGUUUGCCAGCCUGUCCAUUAACUUAACCUUCAUCGGUUUCUAUCUUUAUUACAAUUGGAGAUGAGCAAAUAGAAAAGACCUCAGGAGUUCAAAGUCAAACUGGGAUGUCCGCAGGUCUUUGUCACCUGAGUGCUCAGUAAAUCUGGGGUCUUUACAGGAAAUACAUGGAUGGCAUUUCCUUUGGGUGACGACUACAACUUUAUUCUUGCUGCUCAACAGUUGUGGAUAUAAUAAUGGAGAAGAAAGGAAUUCUCAAAUAAAUGAGAAGACCAUAUCCUCUUAACUUGAGCUCUGUUAAAUACAGCUGAGAUUCUACAUUAUGCCGCAAAGUAUGAUGUGAGCUUUGUAAAACAUGUUUUUGUGCAUGUUCAUUCAUGUGUCGUGUUUUUAAACACUGAAUGUGUUUCAGACUGAAUGCUUGUGCUGUUUAGUUUAACAGAAUGAUGUCAGUUAGGCAUAUGUUGCGUCUUUAUAAAAAAAAUUAUUUGACGAUUUUGCCGUAUUGCUGUACAUUUUAAGUGUUUCUAUUUAUCCUACAUCCUGAAAGAAUAUCAUAAUGAUGUGAUAUUAUCAAGUGCAAUGUGUGUUGAUCUACUUUUUGUCAAUGUGACACUGGAGGAUUUGGUUUAGCUAAUGUCUGUUACUAUGUCCAUUGAGCUUUUGACUCUGUUUUAUGAUUUAACUCAUAAUGUCAAGGGAAAACAGGAUCAUUUCAUAUUUUGUACAUAAAAUAAAGGUGUUUCAGUUACCAGAUUGAAAUAAAUCUCCAUUGUAAUAGUUAUA